UGCUCAUUGACCGCACCGCGCUGAUUCACCUGUCUGGGGACAGUUAGCCCGGUAGCUCCACGGCAGCCAAUCAGCCGUUGGAGCGCAGCAGGGCGCGGCUCUGACUGGUAAAGGUGUAAGCUCACUGAUUUCUGGGAAGAUACAACAAUGUUGCCGCAUCAUGCAGUAGGAUAGACUCUGGGAUUGAUUUCUGGGACAGGGAAGGAUUUGAACUUGGCUUGGACUGCAGACAAAAUGAUGCGCUUUCUGUUGCUGUUCAGCCGGCAGGGGAAGCUGCGACUGCAGAAAUGGUUCACACCAUUAACAGACCGGGAGAAGAAGAAGGUGAUCCGGGACAUGAUGAUGCUAGUGUUGGCUCGUCCACCACUUUCCUGCAACUUCCUCCAAUGGAGGGACCUCAAGAUUGUUUACAAGAGGUAUGCCAGCCUGUAUUUCUGUGCUGGUCUAGAGGACCGGGAUAAUGAGCUGCUGAGCCUCGAAGUGCUGCACAGAUAUGUUGAGUUGUUGGAUAAAUACUUUGGCAACGUGUGUGAGUUGGAUAUCAUUUUCAACUUUGAGAAGGCUUACUUCAUCCUGGAUGAAUUCCUGAUGGAAGGAGAAAUUCUUGAAACGUCCAAAGUAGCUGUGGGUGUAUCUAUGGAGGAGGCUGACAAACUCCAAGAGACAAUGGAAGAAUACAUGAGCAAACCUGCCUACUGA